CGGCGUCAUCGUACGCUUUCUCUUACGACGCAAAACUGUAAACAACACGUGCUCGGAUCACGCCACGAGACGCGUCACGCCACCAAGCACAACGCGCCACCGCGGCACCGGGCGCACGGUACGACUCCCCCGCCGCUUGUUAAGCAAACUGUAUAAAAAGGCCCCGCUUCGGAACAGGCGGGCAGUCUUGGCUCUGGCGUGGCACGAUGCACAUGCUGUAUCUAGCUAUAAGCUUAACCUAGACUAAUUCGGAUAAUUAAUUUUAAGUAAUUAAUUAUUAUUUUGAAAUCUGUAUAAAUUAUAGAUUAAUAAACAAAGGGUUGAUUUAAGUAUCCCCGUAUUUUAAUAUGUCCGUUCCCCAUCCUUCAUCAGAAGUGACGGAUCCACCCCCACUUCAUGACCAUAGCAAUAUGGCCGAUAACAUGGCACAGCAAAUGUCUCUUUUUUCUUCCGGCAUGGAAGCCGUUUUUCAAAAACUAGCAGACAGCUUAAAUUCACGUCAGGCCCCUUCAUCCACAGCCCCUAUGUUGUUAUCUUUCGAUCCAGAUCAAUCUGAAUCUGAUAUUGUCAACUGGUGCGCGUUGAGUGAAAUGAUUAUUGAAAAUAGGAAACUAGAAGGUGUUGACUUGAUUGUUGCACUGACUCAUUCCCUGAAAGGCCGGGCCGCUAACUGUCUCACAAAAAUACAACCAAAUAGACUUUCGUGGCCUACUAUUAAGGACAUGCUUAUUUCAAAAUUUUCCAAGCCCAUGAUGAUGCAAGACCAUUUUGAUCAAGUCAUUCAGUUUCGCCUUACUAUCAAGGAGAGUCCAGCUGAGGCAGGCAUGCGCUUAUGGCAACUAAUAGAGAAAAUACCUGAUGCUAAUCUACCUGAAAAUGUGACGACCGGUUUUGUAAUGUAUUAUCGCAAUGCGAUGAUAAAAUACGACGUGAAUUAAACUCCGUAGUGAUUAACAGUAAACAUCAACUGUUUCGAACCCUGAGAGGCUUUUCCCUUAAAAGAUGCAAUGACGAGUCUAUUUCGGCAGAAAUCGAGCCGAAA